UUCCAGUGAAUUCUCGACAAAAAUGUGUGUUGAACUAAUAACUUUUUUGACCGUUCUGUGUACUCUCUGAAAGGCAUAGAAAAGUGCAUAAGUUUUGAAAAAAUUUUAAUAAUCUUUAGUUUAAUCUGCAUAUGUUCGCGUGUGUGGUGCGCAUGACAUAUAUAAAUACCAACAAAGUCCCAAAAGUCGUAUUCAUACUGAAAGGUCCUUGCAGAACUCUAUAAACACCUUUGUACACAUUUAUGAAAUACCAGACCUUGGGCUUAGCCCACGCAGCGACUGAAUAAGCCCUGGGUCCUUUGGAACUCCCUGUGCAAUUAGAAGGAUAGGAGCUGCAGUUGAAGAGAGUAGUGCUAUGAGUCUAGUGCCGCAUAAUAUCGCUUCCAAUUCCAAUGUCAUCUAAGUGGGAGUAAUAGGAUAAUGUUUCCACCUCCCACGGUCACGAACCGUAAUGCAAAAAAUAUUAAGGGUGUAACAGUGACGACAAAGACAAGUGAAAUUAUUUAGUUAUAAUUAAUAUUAAUUAUCAAUUACGAGUUCUAUAAUUACCAACCAGUUUUUAACCAAAUGCAUCCACAUUAAAAAGGGAUAGGCGAAAAUUGAAUAUAUAUUUUUUUAAGUGACACCCACGCUUAAAAUAAGUUUGGUUUAGUGUGGCAUACAGAAGAGAUACAUCAGGUGGGCGGGAUUCGCGGAUGGGACCGCACCCCCGCCCCCACAUACACCCACCCACCUACCCACCUAACCACCCACACACCCACAACUUCUUGUUAUACAUGUAACAACAAGACAAAAUCAUUAAGUGAAUUUCAUUAUUUAAAAAGUUCCGCCCCCGAAAUAUAACUCUAGAUCUGCCUCGGGAGGCAAAUAUGUUAUACGCAAGCGCUUGAAUCGAGAACCUGUCUCUUUCUCUCUCUCUCUUCUAACAGAAUCGUAACAGAAGCCAUCAGAAAGCAACAGCACAGCAGCAUCCGCUCGGCAGAAGCAGAAGCAGAAGCAGAAGCAGAGCACGAGCAAAUGCUUUGGCAGCAGGAGCAGUAAAGCUCGCCUACCGCCACAACAUACGUAACGUGCCUAUGAGUGGGCGAGUUUGUGUACAUGUCUGGACAUGUAUUUGACAGCCUUUCCCUUUUGGCCAUUGGUAUGCUUCGUGUGGCUCUGUUUCGGUCUAGGCGACUUGACGAAAUUUGCUGUGAAACGUAACGCGCCCCACUAUGGAAUUCACCCCACAAAUGCUCUGGGGCGUUGGGACUGGAAUAAGCACAAACAGUUGCACUCAGACGCCAGGAUUGGGCAUUUAGAGACGGGAAACGAGUCUCGGGAGGACCAGCUCUCGGAGGAGCUUAGCAAAUUCGGAGAGAAGCUCCUUCCCGUUUCCAAUUAUCCGCCUUAUCAACAUAACAACGAGGACAGGGAUAGCCAGGAAGUCCAUCACAGUGGCGAGGGUAGAUUGCAUACUAUGGAAUCGUCUGUGCCAUCAAAGGCGAGGAUAUCCGGUGGCUCUAGCUCGAGCGAUACUCCGAAAUUUCGUAACGUCGGCGCCCAAAGGGGUCGAGCCGAAGUCGGGGGUGGAGGUCUACGGGAGGUUGAUCGAAUCAGUUCCCGCGGGCGGGAAGGAUUCAUAGGUGGACCCAGUAACAAGCAGAAACCGUUCAGGGUCAAUCUGGCUGUUCUGGUGCAGGAUGAUCCCAGUCAACCGGGCGAAACGUAUGCCAACUGUCAGAACUCGAAUGAAUCCGGGGAGAAUUGCAACCCCGAGGAGGAUGCGAUGCCGAAUUUGCAGAGGGAUUGCGAGAAGACCGGGCUACAUGUGAUGUGCCCCCGAACCUUUCGAUGCAUUAGCAAGUACUGGCUCUGCGAUGGCGACGAUGAUUGUGGUGACUAUUCAGAUGAGACGCAUUGCGGAGCUCGGACGAACUGCACCGAGGAUCAGUUCGAGUGUCUGAACGGAUUCUGCAUUCCGCGUACUUGGCUCUGCGAUGGGGAGAACGACUGCAAGGACUUCUCCGACGAGAGCCACUGCAAUCGCACCACCUGCACGGAUGAGCACUUCACCUGCAACGAUGGCUACUGCAUUUCCCUGGCCUUCCGGUGCGAUGGGGAGCAAGACUGCAACGACAACUCGGAUGAGCUCAAGUGCGCUGCGGUGAUCAACAGCUGUCCGGAGGGGGAGUUCAAGUGUCGCGGCGGAUUGGGUGGAGCUGGGGGUCCCAGUGGACAGUGCAUCCUCAAUCGCUUCCGUUGCGAUGGGGACAACGAUUGCGGCGACUGGAGCGAUGAGGAGAACUGCCCACAGAAACCAUCGCUUUGCACCUCCAACGAAUACAAGUGCGCCGAUGGUACCUGCAUCCCGAAGCGCUGGAAGUGUGACAAGGAACAGGAUUGCGAUGGGGGCGAGGACGAGAACGACUGCGGAAGCCUGGGUUCGGAGCAUCCGUUGACCUGCGGAUCGGAUGAGUUCACCUGUAACAAUGGACGCUGUAUCCUGAAAACUUGGCUCUGCGAUGGCUAUCCAGACUGCACAUCUGGAGAGGAUGAGGUUGAGUGCCACCUACAAUGCGACCUGGGACAAUUUUUAUGCCCAACCAAACAAAACAUAACAAAUCUCAAAAUAUGUGUUCACCAGAAACACAUUUGCGAUGGCCACAACGAAUGUCCUGCCGGCGAGGACGAGGCGGACUGUCCCAAGGAACGAAAGUGCCUGGAGCCCAGUCCGUGUGAGCAACUCUGCAUUGAAACCAAUGCGGGAUUGGAGGAGUGUGCCUGUCGACUUGGCUAUGUCAUGGACAAAAACAAAGUCAACUGCACGGAUAUAGAUGAAUGCCAGUACCUGACCAGUCCGGUUUGUUCGCAAAAGUGCCACAAUACCCUGGGUUCCUUUAAGUGCUCCUGCGAAACGGGCUACAUACUUCGUCCAGAUCUAAGAUCCUGCAAAGCGCUGGGUGGGGCGAUGACGCUGUUGGUGGCCAACCGAUGGGACAUUCGCCGGGUAACGCUCAGCAAUAACCGAUAUACGGCGAUUGUCAAGGGACUGCACAAUGCGAUUGCAUUGGAUUUCCAUCAUCGCAAGGGACUGAUGUUCUGGUCCGAUGUCUCCACCGAUGUCAUCAAGAUGGUUUAUAUGAAUGGGACCAGGGUUCGAGACGUCAUCAAAUGGGGUCUGGAGUCCCCGGGCGGAAUAGCAGUGGACUGGAUUCACGAUCUGCUGUUCUGGACUGAUUCCGGCACCAGGCGAGUGGAGGUGUCCAAUUUCCAGGGCAACCUGCGCACCGUCAUUGCCUCCUACGACUUGGAUAAGCCCCGUGCCAUCGUCGUGCAUCCUGGAGAGGCUCUGGCAUUCUGGAGCGAUUGGGGACCGAAUCCGAAGAUAGAACGCGCCUUCAUGGACGGUACACAACGAAAAGUUAUCAUAUCAAAGGGUGUUACCUGGCCAAAUGGCCUGGCAAUUGACUUUCCCAACAGCAAGAUCUACUGGGCGGAUGCCAAGCAACAUGCCAUCGAAUGCUCCAAUUUGGAUGGUAGUGAUCGAAAUAAAAUCCUCAGCACACACCUGCCACACCCAUUUGCCCUUACCCUCUUCGAGGACACAAUGUACUGGACUGACUGGAAUACGAAGACAGUAUCGGCAGCCGAUAAAAUAACAGGAAAGGAAUUCCGAGCGGUCCAUGAGAACUUCCAUUUCCCCAUGGACAUCCAUGCCUAUCAUCCUGCCCGACAGCCCGAGUAUGCCGACCGUUGCCAGAAGGAUCGUAGAGGUCUUCGUGGAGGAUGUUCCCAUCUGUGUUUGCCUAACAAAACCUCCCGUCGAUGCGGAUGUCCUAUAGGACUUUCGCUGAAAGAGGAUGCAAAGACCUGUAAAAGUACUGCCGACAAACUGGUUUUAGUGGCUCGUCGCAAGGACAUCCGGCUGAGACACCUAAAGAACAAUCAAGCGGAUCCUAACGAGGUUGAUAUGAUAGUCCCGUUGGACAACCUUAAACAUGCCGUCGCUCUGGAUUGGUGCAGUGAUACGGACUUCAUCUAUUGGACCGACGUGGAGCGUAGCACCAUUAACAAGGCCCAUCUCAAUGGAAGCUAUCAACAGCGUGUCGUACACUCCAAUCUGGUUUCUCCUGUCGGCUUGGCCCUGGAUUGGAUAACCGAUAAACUCUAUUGGACAGACCCGUCAACGAAUCGAAUUGAAGUGGCCACUACGAAUGGAAAGAUGAGAACCCUGCUUAUAUGGGAGAAACUAUACAAGCCACGGGAUAUCGUUGUGAACCCGAUUGAUGGCUUUAUGUUUUGGUCGGAUUGGGGUGAUGAUCCUAUGAUUGAACGUGCCAAUAUGGAUGGACAUGAUCGCAUUACUAUAUCAUCGAAAAAGUUAAUUUAUCCCAAUGGACUGGCGAUUGAUUAUGAAAAGAGUAAAAUCUACUUUGUUGACGGUGGCACAAAGACGUUGGAGUACAUGAACUUUGAUGGCAGCGGUCGUCAAGUAAUUUUAAAUGGACUUGGGCAUCCCUUUGGCUUGGAUGUAAACGAAGGCCGCGUGUUUUGGACUGACUGGGAUACCAAGUCUGUGAUGAGCGCCAAUAAGCUGACGGGCAAGGACACCAAUGUAAUUAUCGCCAAUAGUACGGAUCUCAUGGACAUCCGGGUGUUUCAUCGCACCCGAAGGCGCAUCUUCAACGCCUGCGAUAAACUGAAUGGAGGUUGCUCCCACCUGUGUCUUCUGAAUCCCACUAGUUACACCUGUGCCUGCACUGUGGGGGUUCAACUAAAGGAUGACAAGCACACGUGUUCCGAAGGCCCAACUCAGUACAUUCUGUUUGCCCACAGAAUCGAUAUAAGGCAAAUAUCCUUGGAUUUCGACCACUUGAUCGAUGUUGUCCUCCCCCUGCCGCCAAUCUCAAAUGCGGUGGCUCUCGAUGUCGAUCGGAGGACGGGCAACAUCUUUUGGUCGGACACCGUUGAGAAUGUCAUCAUGAGUUCCAGUCCAGAUGGUCUUCAUGUGCAUAAGGUCGUUGGGGAUAGUUUGGAGAAUCCCGAUGGACUGGUUGUCGAUUCGAUCGGUCGAACUAUAUAUUGGGCCGAUGCUGGUCGCCACACUAUCGAAGUAGCCAGUCUUGAUGGGAGCAAUCGACAUGUUAUAGCCUACAAGGAUCUGGAGUCCCCACGUGGCUUGGCCUUGGAUUAUGAAGCUGGUCUUCUGUUUUGGACGGACUGGGGGCACUAUCGUAAGAUUGAGAGAUCCCAUUUGGAUGGCAAUGAAAGAUCUCGCAUUGUAACCGCCAAUCUUGGAUGGCCCAAUGGCCUGUCACUCGAUUUGAAGAGCAAGCGAAUUUACUGGGUCGAUGCUCGUCUAAAGACCAUAGACUCGUGUGAUUAUACGGGAAAUCAACGCAAGUUGAUUAUGUCAUCCCUGCAUCAUCCAUACGCUUUGGCUCUGUCUGAGGACAACAUCUACUGGACCGAUUGGAAGUCGAAGGCCUUGCACAUGACCGAAAGAAGGAACAUUACGGCAAAGCGUGAUAUAAUCACUAACAUCGAUGGAUUGAUGGACAUCAAGGUCAUCUAUCAGGAUCAGCAGAUGGCUGAGAAUGUCUGUGGACGCGAUAACGGUGGCUGCUCUCACCUCUGUUUGCGUAAUCCAUCUGGGUUUUCGUGUCAAUGCCCCAUUGGAUUGAGGUUGCGUCAGAAUAGCACAACGCAAUGCCAAAAUCUACCAGAGGACUAUCUUCUCAUUGCCUUGCGUUCGGGAAUUGGUAUGAUUUCUUUGAACUCUGGAGAUUUCAUGGAUGUCGUCUUGCCUAUAAACGGAGUGCAUGGAGCAGUCGUACUUGAUUUCCAUUACCGGAAGAAUCUGCUCUUUUUCGCCGAUGUCAAUCUGGACGUAAUUCGAAGAGUUAAUCUAUUGAAUUUAACCGAAAGCAAGGUUAUUGUCAAUACCGAAGUGCUUACUCCCAAUGGAAUAGCCGUCGACUGGAUAGCAGACAACCUCUAUUGGUCUGAUACUGAUCGCAAGCUAAUCGAAGUGGCUCGGAUUGAUGGUAGCUCUCGUAAAAGGAUAAUCGAAGACAAUCUGGGUGAUCCGCGCUCACUGAUUGUGCAUCCUAAAAAGGCCUAUUUGUUUUGGUCGGAUUGGAGCUCCCCUGCAAAGAUCGAACGUAGCUACUUGGAUGGCUCGAAUCGAACUGUCCUUAUAACUUCCGGAAUUGGCUUUCCAACGGGCCUAACUAUCGAUUUUAGCAAUCGGAGGUUGCUUUGGGCCGACGCCUUGGAGGACAACAUUGGCCAAGUGGACUUCAAUGGCAAACGCCGUCAAACUAUUGUUCCUUAUGCACCGCAUCCAUUUGGUUUGACUAUGUUUGAUAAUAGCAUAUUCUGGACCGAUUGGUACAAUAAAUCGGUGUACCGUUCCCAGCGGUUGCCACGAAGUGGAUUUGGUAAUCCCUUUGAGGUUCGUGACGCCCUAAGUGGAGCUCUGGAUAUUCGAGCCGUUUCGCUGAACCGCCAACCCAAAAGCUGGAAUCACUGCGCUCAGGACAAUGGAGGUUGUUCCCAUCUCUGUCUCUAUCGCUUUGUCGACUACGUGUGUGCCUGUCCGGACAUAAUGGAUCCCAAGGAUGCGCCAUGUUCGACGAAGCCCAAGGUUUUGGUGCAUGCCAAUUUGGAAAACGAUCCGCUGCUCGAAUACUCCGAUGAGUCCACCGAUGAUUCCACAGCGCCCGAGCUGAUGGGCGAGUCCAAUAACCAUGGCGACGAUGGUCUAGCGAAAAAGAGUGAUCAGGAAAGAGAGUUCUUUGUCCUAGUGGCGCUGGGCGUGGUCAUUGUUAUGGUUGUCAUUAUUAUACUAGUUAUCUUCAUGCUUGCCUUCAAUACGAGCAAGAAGAAAAACAAUCGCAACUCCCGCGGUUCCAGUAGAUCUGUACUAACCUUCUCAAAUCCGAACUACAACGUUGAUGGUACGCCUAUGGAACCAAAGACGAAUAUAUGGAAACGAUUUAAAUACGAUAAAUCUCAUGAACGAGCCGGGGUCUAUGAAGAGCGUAGUCUAACCACAGAGACGGCUUCCUCGAGCCUUUUUGUGCCGACACCAUCACCGAUGGCAUCGCCCUCAACAAAAACAAUCCAACUGACAACGCUCUCGACUAUCACAUAGCUGGCAUAAAUAGUUAAUUGGCCCUACAAAAGAAAUAUCUUUGAAACCAUUUCUCUAUUCAUGCAAUUGUGAUUUAUUUGAUUGUAAAUGUGGAAAUCAACUGGUUUUUUUUAUUAAUUUUCUCUUGAAACCCAGUAGUAAAUUCCGUUAAUUUCAUUCGUGUUUUUUUUUUUUUUUGAGAGUGCAAAUAUGUCCUGUUAAAGAUCAAAGGGUGUUUAUGAUAUUACAAAAGAAAUAUAUUAUAUAAAAAUGAUAUAUUAUUCAAUUAUGAAAUCACUAAAUUAUUUUCCUAUUUUUUUUUUUAAUAAUAAGUAAUAACUAUUAAGUAAUUCGGGUGCUUCAACUUUGAAACAAAAAAAAUCCUACUAUUGGGCGCGAUUUUUGUUUGCUGAUCACAAAUUAAAAUGGCCAUAACUUGGUUUACGUUUAUGUCUGAUGGAUAUGAUAAUGAUAAAAUCAUUGUUAAGUCCAAUCAUAAAAAACAGGUGUUUGCGGAAGUUUUUGAUAGAUUUCCCCCGCAAAGAAAAUGUCGAAAAAAUUUCUCAUUUCUGUUCUCUAGCCCUUAUUUUAUAUAUGUGCUAGGCUGUUGACCUAAGUCUGUAUGCAAAAUGUAUUUAAACUUAAUUAAAUGAAAAGGCAUCAACACAUUUUUCCGAGCCCAAGAAAGCCCCAUACCGUUUGGUUUAGUGGUUCACAUAAAAUGUUAUUAAACUGGUUUAGUUCAAAAAUGUUUUUUCGAAAUAUGAAAACCGCGGGCUUAAUUCCAUUCAGGGCUUCAGCAAAAUAUCUGGUAACUUAAGUUUUCUAUCCGUGUUUGUAAAUAUAUUUUUUGCUUGCAGAUGUAUAAACUAUUAAAUACACAAAGAAGCAUU